AUCAUCAUGGAGAACUAAGAAGGGAAAUCAGGAACUGGUGAAGAUCAUGCUGUUCUUUUUUUUUCUUCUCUCUUCCCUGAAAUGAUUUAUAAUCAAAACAUAUUCUACAGUAACGGCAUGACUGCGUAGAAAUGCAUUCAGAUUUUAUGAUAUUUCGGAAAUCGUGAAAAUUAGGCAGCUACAUCGGUAACAGGGUUAUAUUAUUUGCCCAUUGCCAACACAGUGUUGUUGUAAUAAUAAUGUUUCUGUCAUUUGAACGAUGUUAGUGAUGUUGUUUGAGCUGGGCCAGAGGUUUAGUAUGUACAUUGCAAUGGCAUAAGUAAUAACUGCGGAAAACAUUUUGGGAAGUCAGCUAUUUUGUAUAAGAUAUAGCCUAUGUAUGACCAUUUAAGAUAGCAAUACGCGUCAUAUCCAUUAACAUUAGGAAAUCUAGCUCUGCGAUAUUUUACUAAACUGUCGUUAUAAAUAAAAAGUGAUCGGUGUUACUGAAUGCCAAGAAUGGUCAAGUGCAUUUAAUCUAAUAAGCGUGCUGUGAAAGGAAUAGGAACAACACUUAGUUAUGUGCAUGUUUGCAAAUCCAAUUGUUUCGAUGCCUUUAUAUUAACAUUUUGAGAGAAAGAAAAACAAAAACAAGCUGAAAAUGUCGCUCUCAGAACAGUCUCAAAAGUGGUUCCCAACCCACGUCCAGGUCACCGUUCUGCAAGCCAGAGACCUCCAGCCGAAAGGCAAGCACGGCACCAAUGACACUUACACCAUCAUUCAGUUAGGCAAAGAAAAGUACUCUACCUCCGUAGCCGAGAAGACCCUGAGUCCGGUGUGGAAAGAGGAAGCUGCCUUUGAACUUCCCGGUCUACUUCUGGAGGGCAAUCCAGAAACAUACACUCUCAACCUGAUCGUGAUGCACAGGUCAUUGGUGGGACUGGACAAGUUCCUGGGGCAAGUGUCUAUCAGCCUCAAUGAAAUCUUUGACAACAAGGAAAGAAGAAAAAUCGACUGGUUCAAGCUUGAGUCCAAGCCUGGGAAGAAGGGAAAGGACAGAGGGCAAAUCCAAGUCAACAUCCAGUUCAUGAGGCACAACAUGACGGCCAGUAUGUUCGACCUCUCCAUGAAGGACAAGCCACGCUCCCCAUUCUCCAAACUCAAAGACAAGAUGAAGAGAGGGAAGAGGGAUGGGACCUUCUCCGACACCUCUUCUGCCAUCCUCCCAGGAACAAGCACCCCCCGUUCCUCUGACCCUGAUAUCACCGAGACGAACCAGCACAUGAAACCCAAACCAAAACAAACGUAUCUCCUGGGGCCCCAGCGUCUAUCUGCUGCCCACUCCAUGUCUGAUUUGAUCGGAUCCCAUUUCUCUGGAGACAAAGCUAAGGCUAGCACAAUCGGGCACGCUCCGCUGUUUCACCCCAAGCUAGACUCCAUGAAUUCCAUCGACGAGAGUGGAAAUGUGAUCUCUCCCCACAGACGAUCGCAGAGCGUCGACGCUGCCAAACCGGAGCAGACUGGCACUUCCACUGAGGGUGAAGGCAGCUAUGAAGGGCACAGUGAUUUGUUCGCCAGCAUCAGCAAUUCUUUGCCCCAAAAGUCAGCCACUCUGCCCCAGAACAAAAACCCCUUUGAGUCGAGCAGUGGUGUCUCGUGUGAGGGCAAGACCAACGUCACAUCUGAGAAUAAGAAGGAGAAGAAGGAGAAAGUGGGCCUUUUGGAGAGAGUCAAGGGGAAGAAAGACGGCAAGAAGUUGGAUAAGAUCGGCAACGGGAAAUCAGGUAGUUCCGGUGACUUGAGGUCUCCCAACCCGUUCAGUGACAAUCUACAAGGGGAUGCAGGAACAAACCCCUUUGCCACAAACUAUAAGCCAAAGACCAGCUCCAACUUAAUGAAGCCUUCAAGCAUUGAAGACAUCAAGAAAGCUUUAACGUCAAACAGACACAGUGCGCCAAACAGCAAAGCCUACCACCGGGAUGAAGCAAAGGAAGGAAACCCUUUCAAUUCAGUGGCAUCUUAUCGCAAUCUUUCGUUCGAAGAGGUCGUUCAGGAGUUGAUCAAGCAGAAGGAAUUGGUGAAAAAGAAGGACGUCCACAUUCGCGAGCUGGAGGAUUACAUCGACGGCCUUCUCGUCAAGGUCAUGGAGGAAACUCCCAGCAUCCUCAGAGUGCCGUACGAGCUAACCAAGAAAGCAGGGAAAUUUCCCAAACAGUAAAACUAAUACAAAUAUUGAAUUUCUGUCACAGCGAUAAAAACCAAUGGACCUGAUUUAUGUAGUACCUGUUUAACUCUUUCAAUACUGCAGGUCUAUGAAAAACUGAAAACUGCAGACCAUGCACGGUACAUAACACUUUUAGUCUGGUUUCACAGAUGCUGAUUAUUAAUAUCAGACCUUAAUAAAGGUACAGCUAUGGCCAAAAGUUUUAACACGUAGUCAAAGAAACUACAAAAGUAGUCCACUGGAAGCCAUUAGUAGUACCGCAUUUCAUGUUAAAUUUCGAAAUGUCACAUUUAAAUAAAUAAAUUUUAAAAAUUGAUAUGGGGAAAACUACAA